AGUUGAGGAUUAUUCGUUGUCGGAGGUAGUUAGAGGCACGGUUUCAUUCGUUCCGUUUUUGUGUUUUUUCUUCUCGUUUUUGAAAAAAUUCGAACCGUCCGACUGACGAUUUUAUGGAUACCAUAACAUUGUGCGUUUCCUAUAAGAUUGUUGUUUUAUAUAAUUUCUAAUCUGUCGAUUCUAUCAAAGCCAUUUGACCUAUUUGUUAUUACUUAAUUGUAUCUGAAAGCGUUUUAUGUUACGUUUUUCCCAUAAUAUCACUUCCAUAUUAUUUUAUUCUGCCUACAAGAACAAGAAAAACAGCUGAGUGACGGUAUUUUUGUGUUGAGGAAAAACGACAAAGUAGUGCCAACUUCACUUUCCAGUUAAAAGUUCAGAAAAGAGUUGUGUUUUUCUGUCUUGAGUACUGCUUGGAAUUGAAAAUUGAAAAAUCUGCAUAACGUAAACGUAGAACAAGACAAAUGACAGUGGUUGUUGUUUUACUUCUGUUUUUUUAAACGUCAUGACGUGUGUAGUGUGUAGUUUGUUGUUGUGACUUCUGUGACCAGCAGCGGCGCGCGGAUUGCGGAAUGCGAUAAAAAAGAGCUAGGUCGUCCGUUGUCGUUGUCAUUGUCGUCGAUUAUUUUUCUUUUAUUUUUAUGUUUUGUUAUUGUCUUCAUUUGAAGUUAAGGUGGGCCCUCUUGGUCAGCACUAAAUAAAGAUAAAGACGCGAAAGAAAAACAACAAACGUGUGAAAUCAUCCCUAAGUUUUGCCACAUUCUUGGGCUCAAAAGGUGUUUGGCCUUAUUCGUUCUAUUUCUGUCAUGAUUGGUAACUAAAAUAGUUUAGCGGUUUUAUUUUUGCAUUAAUAACCGAACGCGAACGUGAACGUGAACGCGAACGCGACCUAGUGAUUGCGAUUCUGAAUCCGAUUGGUUAUUCGUAUUCGUAACGUUACAAAGUUACUUUUAUUUGAUGUAUCUAUCUAUUUUCUAAAUAUUCGCAUGUUUUUGAAUAUAGAAAUACAUAAGGAAGAAGAUAUCUAAAGGCCUACGACUAUAAUAGGUUAUUUAUGCAGCACGAUGAUGUAAUUUAUGAUAAUGAUAAACAUGGAACGAGAAUGUGUGUUUUGGAUAGUGUUUGGGCGGGAAUAUUAUAAUUAAUUCUGCUAACAGUUAAACGUAUUGAUUUUUCUGUGUUUUUCCCUUGAAUUCAAAAAAGAAAACAAAAAAUUAGAUAAACAUUGUGAGUUAAUAAAUAGAGCGUAUCUAAUUAAGUGAUAUUGCUUGAUAUCUCUCUGGUGUGUUCGGGGUACCUAUUCACGUCAUAGAUAAAUAUAUUAGAUACACAGGUGAAAUCUGCUUUUAUAGAGCAAGCGGUAGCUGAAGGUACCAUUCAAAUAAAGUGAGUGAUAAAUUACGAGUAAACAAAAUGCAUCAGUUACACCAGGAGGCGUCGUUCGAGCAGACAUCCAGAAAGUUUCAAAAACAUAUUCAUACAAAUUCAAAUAUCGAUGAUGAUGAUGAUUAUGAUCAAGUGAAAUCAUCUCAUCGUCAGGGAAGUGCCAUGUCGUCUUCUUUUGCAAGCAAUUAUUGUUGCUUAGUGUUUAGUGUUGUUUUGUUAAUUAUUAGCAAUAGUUUUUAUGCAUAUGGAUUUAAUUUGGAAAACCGACUGCCGAUCGUCAAGUAUGGAGAUAGCUCAACAUAUUUUGGAUAUUCGAUAGCGACGCAUGUUAUUGGAGAAUAUAACAUUCCAAAUAAUACUAAAUGGUUAUUGGUCGGUGCACCUCUGGGGAAGAAUCUGCAGCCACAAUCGAAUCAUUCGGGUGCAUUAUUCAAAUGUCCCAUCACACAGAGCCGAAAUGACUGUGAACAAAUUAUCACUGACGGUCGUCGAUCGCCUGGCGGAGCUUAUGAACCUACUUACGAUAGUGAUGACAUUGAAGAACUCUCGCCACCAUCGGAUGACGAGAUCAAGGAGGGACAAUGGCUUGGGGUGACAGUUCGAUCACAGGGUCUUGGAGGCAAGGUUCUGGUGUGUGCUCAUCGAUACAUAACAAAAAUACGUGAAAAUCAAUACGGGCAAGGGUUGUGUUAUGUGCUGACGAACGACUUGAAAUACGACGAGGUCUAUGAGCCCUGUAAAGGCCGCACUGUUCAGAGAGCUCACGAAGACUAUGGUUUUUGUCAAGUUGGUACAUCUGGAGCAUUAUUGGAUGAUAAUACCAUGGUUUUGGGCACACCGGGUCCGUUUACGUGGCGCGGAACGAUUUUCGUUACGGAAAUAGGUGGAGAAUACUUGGAGCGCGAUAAAAAUAUGUAUUAUGGUGACCAUUCGGAAAGUUCGUCACCGGUGGAUAAGUACAGCUAUUUGGGAAUGGCUGUUACCGGAGGACGUUAUUUCGGUGAAAGGAUGUCCUAUGCUGCUGGAGCACCCCGCAGUAAUGGUCAUGGUCAGGUAGUGAUCUUCAAUAAGGCAAAUUCCAACCCGAUUCCAGUAGAAACUGUCCUGGAAGGUGAACAGUUUGCCUCGAGUUUUGGCUACGAGCUGACGACUGCUGAUAUCAACGGUGACAGUGAGCCGGAUCUGAUUGUUUCCGCACCUUUCUAUUUUUCCAAGAAUGAAGGUGGUGCUGUUUAUAUCUACCAGAAUCAAAAGAGUCGUCUACCCCUUAAAGCCACUCUUAAAUUGACAGGGGCUGUGGAGAGCCGUUUCGGUACAGCCUUGGCCAACAUUGGAGAUAUCAACAAGGAUAAUUGUGAGGAUCUUGCAAUUGGAGCACCGUACGAAGAGAGUGGAGUCGUAUACAUAUAUCUGGGUUCAAGAACAGGGCUCGUGGAGAAACCUGCACAAAUAAUUCACGCCUCUGACCUGGGAAACACACCGAUUCCGAUAAAUACCUUUGGGAGCUCAAUAACUGGUGGAACGGACUUGGAUGAUAAUUCGUAUCCGGAUAUUGUGAUAGGAGCCUACAACUCCUCGGCAGUUGUUGCUCUUCUCUCUAGACCAAUCAUAAGCAUUCAAACAAAGGUCCGAGGAACAGAGUUAAAGAAUAUCGAUCCCACAAAAGAGGGAUGUCUUACAGACGUUUCAACUAAUCUGACCUGCUUUUCAUUCGAAGCAUGCUGUUCUAUUGAUCCUUACGAACAGUCAACAAGACCAACCGAUCUCAAGCUUAUGCUAACUGUCGAAGCCGAAACUUUUUCGAACUUGAAGAAAUUCUCUCGAGUCUUUUUCGAUCGAGACAACAAACGAAGGAAUGUCAUCAAACGCGAAGUUACUGUACGAACCAAUGGAAUGCUAGACUGUCACCGAGUGACUGGUUAUAUCAAAGAGAACACCAGAGACAUUCAGAGUCCUUUGAAGUUUAGACUAAAUUACACAAUAGUCGAGCCUGAAUUGCCAGAUUCUGGGCUGAAGGCCUUGAAUCCCAUUCUCGACAAAACACAGGCUGACAUAGAGUUUGAGGGUACAUUCCAGAAAGAUUGUGGAGAUGAUGAUACAUGUGAAUCGAACCUGGAACUCGACGCUGAGAUUGAUUUGGACAAACAAAAUGACGAAUACGCUUUGAUCCUUGGUGAACGAGACGAACUGAGAUUAAGUGUGAAUAUCAGCAAUUCUGCUGAUUCUGCCUAUGAGUCCCAACUAUUCAUUGUGCAUCAGAAGAGCGUGACAUACAUUGCAGCUUUGAAAACAAAUUCGGCAGUUUGCAAUCGCUUCAAUGAAACCGUAGUGGCUUGUGGUUUGGGUAAUCCAAUGCGCAGAGGUUCAACAAUUCAGGUGUCAAUUCGUUUCGAUCCAAGUGGCCUAGAAGAUGAGGAGAGCAAAUUGAUAUUUGACAUUUUCGCAAAUACCACUUCGAAGCUAAUCGGCGGUAUUCCAGCCACCAAACAAAUGGUGAGAGUAGUCAAACGAGCGGAUUUAAGUUUAAGAGGAUGGGCGAGCCCCGAACAAUCCUUCUAUGGUGGAGAAAUUAAGGGUGAAAGUGCCAUGCAAUAUCUCGAAGAUAUAGGAACACUUGUGACUCAUACUUAUCAGAUAUACAAUGACGGUCCAUGGAAGGCACCAAAGGUUUCACUUACCAUUUAUUGGCCACACCAAGUUGCCAACGAUAAGAAACAGGGCAAAUGGUUGCUCUAUUUAGAAGAUCUCCCAAUCAUUGAAGGUGCCCUUCAAGGUGAAUGUACUGUCGGUCCAGACAUGGUCAAUCCCUUAAAACUGCCUCGAAAGGCAAAGGCAUCGAUGACACACGAAGAUCUUCUCCAUAUACCAGAACCCUACAUGCUUAGACCAACAAACAAAUCCCAUUAUUACAAUCGUCAUACGUAUUUUGAUAAAACUGAAUCUUUUGAAAAACUAUCCACAUCUAGUGAUGGCCAUUUGAAUCGUGUGCGUCGCGAUAGAGCUAAAAUUAUUCGAGCCGAAAAACUCACCGAUAAAGAUGGCAAAAAACACGAUGUAGUCGUUAUGGAUUGUGAUAAGGCAACGGCAUUCUGCAUAAAGAUCAAUUGUGAGCUUUAUAAUAUGCCUCAAAAGACUGAAGCUUAUGUGCAUGUCAAGGCGAGACUGUGGAAUUCAACAUUCAUAGCUGAUUAUCCAAGGGUUGAUCUGGUGAAAAUAGUCUCGAGAGGUCAUGUUAGAAUACCAACUGAGUAUGCCGUUGAACAAAUUGAUUCCGAUGAUCGAGAAAUGGUGGAAACACGAGCCUAUCCAGAAUUGUCAGAUCAGGCGCGUGAAACUGCAACACCAUGGUGGAUUAUAAUUCUAUCGAUCAUUGGAGGACUUAUACUUUUAGCCAUUGUCACUUAUGUGAUGCACAAAUGCGGCUUCUUCAAGCGACGAAGACCCGAUCCAACACUUAGCGGUAACAUUGAAAAAAUGUCCGAAGAGAAACCAUUUUUGGGAGCGAAAAAUAAAAAUCGGAUUUUCUAACGAACAACGUGUCAAGUGGAAAUGUAUACAUUUAGUGAUACUACAAAGUAGGAUGCUAUACUAUAUUCAUUUAAAAAAGGACAUACAUACGUACAAGUUAUUUUCUUGAUAACGUUUCCGAUCAAAUGACCAUUAGACUUUUAUACUUAAAAUUCUUAAAUAAUUACAAUUAUUGUAUUGUUUGUAAAUAUUAGGAUUAAAUAUUGUAUUCGAAAAUAAUAGUUAAAGACUUUCAUACAAAAAAACACUGUCCAAAACUCUGAAUGUAGAUUAAGUUAAUUUUCUCUCCGAGCCGCUGGCGGUUUAUGGUAGUUUUACUUUCAUAAAUGGAUAGUUCUCAAAAGUUUACAAAGAAAUGAAGCGUUGUCCAUUUAUUCCAAUUCUUGCAACACGCAAGAAUUCGUCACCAAAUCUAUUCUCUACUGAAGACUUUUAUUAUCUCCUUUACUAACUUUCGACACAUAGAAGGAGCAGCAAAACCAGGAUUCCGAAUUGAAUAAAGUUUACGUCACGAACAUAUUUUAAAAAUGAAUGGAGUUUGAUUACAGAAAUAAAUAUUUUUCCUCUUAAGAACCUUGAUGAGAAGUCUAAACUCUUACAAAAAAAAGUCAUAAAAUGUCUUCACUUAAGCACAAAAUAAACUAUCGAUUUCAAAACCGUCCAAGUUUUCAUACAGCCGCAAAAAAUAAGAAAAAUCUCAUUGAAAAUUAACCAAUUUUAUAAAUUUACAUACAAAUAAUCUUACACAUAUUUUUUUAUAUUAUGUAUGUAGAUCCAUUCAAUUUUAAGGUAGCUAUACCCCUACCCCAUCAAUAUAUAUACUGCUAUACGAACGAAAAGCGAUAUACAUAUACAUAUAUUUAAUGAAAUAAUUUAUUAAUUUAAAAUAAUUGUUCACGGAUGCCUUUCAAAAAUGUAACGUUGUAAAUAAGCAUUUAUAGUUUUAUUAUAAUUUUUUUUUAUUUCAUUUAUGCUUAAGGUUGUAAAUUAUAAAUUCAAAAGUAUUAUUUUUUAGUUUUAUUUUAUUUUUUAAAAGUUUAUAACUAAAAUAGUGAUGUACAUAAAUAAAUUAAUUUAGAUUUCAUUUUUGUAAAGCAAACAAAUAACAUUUAACUUUUAAGUAUCUUAUGAUUAAAUUUAAGUUUAUAAAUAAAACAAAAGAAAGAAAAGUUAAGAUAAAAUCUUGUGCUUACUUAAAAAUGAUUUAAUCUUGUACUGGUGUUAUGUGUUAGUUGCAGAGAAAAAUUUAUUAUCAAAUUAAGUUAACUUUGUUAAAUAAAAAAAUCCGAAAAUUAAAAGAAUAAUUAAAUUUAUUUAAUUUCA